AUGUCGCAGAAACACGCAACUACCCUCAUCAAGUCCCUGUGCGCGCGAGGCGCGGUCCUCCACGCGCGCGCCUUGUUCGACGAAAUGCCCGACCGGGACGUAGUGGCGUGGACGGCCAUGCUCUCCGGCUACGCAUCCAGCGGCCGCCACCGUGAGGCGCUGGACUUAUUCCGGUCCAUGGCCGCGGCCGGCGUCAUCCCCAACGAGUUCACGCUGUCCAGCGUCCUGACCGCUUGCCGUGCCGGCGGUGGCGGCGGCGCAGCGUCGAUCCAUGCCCUCGCUUUGCGGCGGGGCGUGGACCACACGCCGUAUGUCGUGAACGCGCUCAUCAACGCGUACGGGUCCCGCGGAGGCGGGGACGGCCUCGUGGACGCGAGGUGGCUGUUCGAUGCGCUCGGGGAAGGACGCACGGCCGCGUCGUGGACGUCCAUGAUAGCCGGUUAUGCUCGUUGGGGACAGGAGAACACGGGGCUACAGUUGUUCCAAAAUAUGAUUCAGGAUGAUGUUGAGCUGAGUCCGUUCAUCUGCUCUAUUGCAAUCCAUGCAUGUUCUUUAGUAGGUAACUUAUAUUUUGGACAGCAAAUUCAUGCACUCUCCAUGAGGAUAGCUCUUGGAGCGAACCUUGCUGUUGCAAAUUCUCUGGUUGACUUGUACUGCACUUGUGCAAACAUACUGGAUGCAAGGAGGCUUUUUGAUGAAAUGCCUGAAAGAAACUUGGUCACCUGGAAUACCAUUAUUGCUGGAUAUAGCCGGCGUGAUCCUCUAAUGGCCAUGCAACUUCUUGUCAACAUGGAUAUCGAACCAAAUUGCUUGACUCUAACUAGCAUCACCUCAGCAUGUGCUGGUCUUUCAGCUCUGAGAUGUGGCCAGCAGGUCCAUGGGGCUGUACUCCGGAGAAACUAUGGUGAUGACCUAAAAGUUUCCAAUGCCCUUGUGGACAUGUACUCCAAGUGUGGAAACAUUUUGAAUGCUAAGAAGGUAUUCAACAUGAUGACUUGCAAGGACAUAUUAUCGUGGACAUCAAUGAUUGGUGGGUAUGGGAUGAAUGGUUAUGUGAAUGAGGCCAUCAAGCUGUUUAAUUCCAUGGUCCAUGCUGGGGUUCAUCCAGACCAUGUGGUGUUCUUGGGCCUGAUCAGUGCUUGCAGCCAUGCUGGUUUAGUAGACGAAGGAUGGAACCUUUUCAGGUCAAUGUUAUUUGAGUAUAAUAUUCAGCCUAACAAGGAGAUUUAUGGUUGUGUCAUCAAUCUUCUUGCCCGUGCAGGGAGGCUGAGAGAAGCCUUUAUCCUCAUUGAUACAAUGCCACUCACUCCUGAUGAAUCUGUCUGGGGAGCAUUGCUUGGUGCUUGCAAGAUGCACAGGAAUCUAGAGCUGGGCAGACUAGCUGCAGGGAAAAUAAUUGAGAUUAACCCUGAUGCGGUGGAGGCUUACAUCCUGCUUGCAAACAUAUGUGCUGCAGAUAGCAAAUGGGGUGAGUAUGCUGUGACAAGGAUGUUGUUGAAGGGCACAGGAAGCAGUAAGGAAGUAGGAAUGAGUUGGAUAGAGUUAACAGAUGAGAUGUAUAGCUUUAGCACAGCUGACAGUAGCAGUCCUCAAGUUAGUUUGGCAGAUGAGGUAUUGCAGAUCUUAGUCCAACACAUGGAUGAAACUGGAAGUGAUUUUAUUGACAAUAUUUGUAGAGGUGCAUGA